AUGGAAGCAGCAAUGUCCUCUACUCCUCUAGUCCCAAUCUCAGCUCUACCCCCGACCCCAGCCUCCUCCACUUUGGGCCCCCUGUUGACGUCUGAGAACUGUCUGUACGUGAAUGUGUUCCGGCCAGCCUACACCCCCGGGGCGGGAGAGACGUUCCCUGUGAUGGUUUACGUCCACGGCGGGGACUUCUCCACGGGCUCAGGGGCCGCUCAGGUCUAUGACGGGGACUACCUGGCUUCUCGCGGACACGUCAUCGUGGUCACUUUCAACUACCGACUCGGCGCCUUCGGCUUUCUCUCUAUCUUCGACGACUACGGGGACGCGGUGGGGAACUUCGGCUUCCAAGACCAACAGGCCGCCCUGGAGUGGGUCCAGGUCAACAUCGCAGCUUUCAACGGAGACCCCACAAAGGUGACAGUGAUGGGUGACGGCGCCGGUUGUGUGUCAGUGGUCAGCCAUCUCGCCUCCCGCCGCUCCCAGCCUCUCUUCACCUCGGCUGUGCUUCAGAGCUGCCCACUAGCUAUUCCUUACCGCAGCGAGGCGGAGGCCAGGCGCCAGGCCGAGGCAUUCGCCCAGGUCAUCGACUGCGCGCUCAAUGACGUCAUCUGCUACCGCCGGAAGACAGAGGCGGACGUCCUGAACGCCCAGCUAGCCGUGGGAGCGGAGAGGUACAGCGGGAACAUGCUCAUGACCUUCUACCCCUGGGGCCCGUCCAUCGAUAACAAGGUCAUCGUCUAUCACCCCGUGGACGUUUUCAAGGAGGUGUCACGCUUUGAGAUGAAGCCCGUUCUCAUCGGCACCACGGAUGAAGAGGGUUUGCACUUCGUGUUCAACCGCUUCCGGACUCCUCUGACGUCAGACUACUUCCGGGCGAUCGUCAGCAGCGCUACAGGACGCAACGAGACGUGGGCUUUAACCAAAUCGGACGCUCGUGAGGCCCUGGUUGGGUUCAUUACCGAGUUUGUCUUUUCCUGCCCAGCGAAAUUCGCGGCCGAGCAAAUCGGUGAGAAAUUCCGGCAAAUGAAAGUGAGGACUUUUGGAAAUUCCCGGAGUAGCUCGACCAGAGAUUCCAGCUCGCCCCACGUAUGGCUGUAUAAGUACGUGUAUCCUGAGUCUGUGUCGCUCACGGCGUCUGCUCAGCAAAUUCGCUUGACAAGUGCUCUGUGGACACGAGGCCGCCCCAACCCAGAUCUCCUCUGUACCGCCCGCUCAUGCCACGGUCAAGACAUCCGGACGUUGUUCAACUCAGAGUCGCUGCCGCUCGUGGAAAGACUUAACGUCGAGACUCUUGCACGGCAGAUGGUUCGCUACUGGUCCAACUUCGCGAGGUCUAAAAGUGUCAAUGGGAGAAUCAACUCCCGGUCUUACCUCCGCACCCUCCAGCUUCGCUCCGCUCUUCUCUCAGACUCACCCAGUUCCCUCCCUUGGGCCCGCCCCCGGGGUCAGAGAAUCAACAUCCUGAGUCCCGGUUCUAACGGCCGGCCGUACAUCUCCGUGCCUAGAUCGGCGCUCCAGACGGCGCUAGCCUCCUUCACCUAUUGGCCCGCAUACUCUGUGAGUGACGUUGAGGGCGGGGACAGCCGUAGCAGCAUGAUGCUCCAGACUCCGCCCCUCACAGUGCGACGUUUCUAUUGGCAGGCAAAAUGUAGCUCGUGGAACUACUAGACGCAGAAAGCGACCUCAAGUGCUUUCUUGUCCUAUCUCAAUUUUUAAUAAACAGUGUAAACAGUUCAUAACAAAUCGUGAGCUUAAGAAGAAGUCAUUUUCUCAAGGUAAAAAAAAAAGAAGAGAUAUAUCUAGGACAAGAAAGCCUGGAUUUCUGAGCACGGGGGUGAUAAUUUUAUGGAGUAUCUCGGUCUUCCUGCUCGGUGGAAUGUUGUAUCCCUCUCAACCUGGGAUGGCCGUGACAGGCAGGGUCGGAAACCCGUCUCAGAAGUGGUCUAAAUUGUGUCGAUGGGAACGUAAAACACGUACUUUAAAAACUAAUCAUUAGAUGUGCACUUGUGUGAAGAGAACCCAAGCGAUUUUCUGUGAAGAACCAGCCAGAUGUGGAGCCUAAAUAACUAUAGGCCUAUUAUGCUUUUAGUGUUUUUAGAUAAGAUAAACUAUGUGCUUUUAGUGUUUGGAUAUAAGAUAAACUAUGUGCUUUUAAUGUUUGGAAAUAAGAUAAACAAAGCGCUUUCAGUGUUUGGAGAAUUGAAUUUACGAUAUGCCUUUAGUGGUCGGAGAUUAGAUGUCAUUGUGUUUUCAGGCUUUAGUAAACAAACAUAAACAAACUUGCCCGAAGGUGUCUUGUGAAAAAACUAUGUACUAAAUAUAUAACAUAGUUUUCUUUCAAGAACCUUUACUAGUUUUCAAGCUUUCUAAAAUUGUAAUUAGUCCUGUAUGCUGUAUCCAUUCAAAACAUACAGAAAUUAAAAAACGGAAACGAUCAAA